AUGACUGGAUUCUGGAUUUUAAUUUUGAUCUUCAGCACCAUGUAUACAGUCCAACCUGGUAGACGCUGGGUUACUGCACAAUCCCUCACAGAGUCACCAGUUUAUCAGCCUGAUAAAGAGCUCAGUGUGAAUAUCGGGGACUCGGUUACUCUGCAGUGUUGUAUUUCUGAAAAAGAAGUCGGGAUGAUUGCCUGGGUUAAGCAACCAAACAGAAAAAAACCUCAGAUUAUAGUCAGGGUAUAUAAAAGUGGUGGAGAAACAUUUUACAAUGGAUUCCAAGACUCUCAUUUCCAAAUAGAAAGAUCUUCAAACUGCCGCAAUUUGACAAUUUUAAACAUCAUUCAGUCUGAUGAAGCCAUGUACUACUGUGCACUGACGAGACCCAACCUUACGUUUGAAGAUGGAACUUAUUUAAAAAUUAAAGGUGAUCAUGUUACUAUUGCAUCAGAAACAUCUAAACCAGCUCUGUGUGAUAAUUCAGUGGUGUAUGAACCAACACUGCAUGGAAACAGCACUAACAUGAACACACACGAGAAAACAGUGCUCGGUUUGGGAACGGCUUUGGGUUUGUGCGCACUUCUGAUUUUCUGUCUCAUUUAUUUCAUACUGAGGAGAAGAAAAUUGAAAGCUUGUAUAGAAGAUUCUCCAGGAAUGAAGCAGGUACGUGAAGCUGAAGCUGAAACACUGAAUUACGCAGCUGUGCAAUUUACCAAGAGGAAAGCCAAAGCUGAAAAAAAGAAAACUGGCUCAGCAGAUGAGUGUGUGUACUCCGAUGUGAAAAAAACUGUAAGAUCCGAGUUCCUGUCCGAGUUCGAAGAGGCGACCUUUCAGGCCAAGUUCCUGUUCGAGGUCAAAGAGACGACCAACGCAAGUUCUGCUCACACCAAGUUUCUGUCACACGUCGAAGAGAUGGCCAAUCCAAGCUCUGCUCAUGCCAAUUUCCUGUCCCAGGUCAGAGAGAGGGCCAACUCAAGCUCUUCUCACGCCAAGUUCCUGUCCCAGGUCGAGGAGACGACCUCUCAGACCAAGUUCCAUUCCGAGGUCAAAUAG